GCCGGCACUGUCCAGAGGAACAAGUUUGAUGGACAGCGGCCAAAAUGCCGCUGUUGUAGUGUUGGGGGCCACAGCACCAGUGAGGUAUACACACAGCACAUCAUCAACGCUUCGUCACUUGCAAACAACUACAGGGACACGAGGACACGAGCGGAGAUGAUGUCGGAGACGUAUAAGCUGUUGGAUUCUGCGCUGGAGUCGGCUCGUGGAGUGUACGAGCACGACACCGAGGUCACGGUGAAGCAGCUAGAGACGAUUCGCCAGGUGAACACCGCAACAACGCUCAACUACAUAAAGAAAGAGGAAGCACUCAAGAGGGUGACGAGGAAAGCAGACAGCAUCGAGGCAAAGAAAGAAGAGUUGAGGCAACUGGAGCAGCAGCUGUCGUCUGUGGAAUCCCGUCUCUCUUCCAUCGAACAGCUGGUUGAUGAGCUAGAAGACCAUACCAAGGACUGGUGAAGUGCUGUUUGUGUGGUUCUGAGAGUAGAGGAUAAGGAACUGAAACAGUGAUGUCUUCCUUUUCGGAACGCUUCCGAAAGUGGUGUUUACAUCUCAUUAGCCGC